UGGCUUCUGCUUUCUGUCAAAGCGUGAGUCCAGUCUUGAAAGGUACACUUCACGUUUAGUUUUACCGGUCUUACUUGUUUACAUUAUUAACAUUAUGUCUGUGUUAUUAUGCCGUAUCGGCUCAGUGUGUGAGUCGAGUGCCAUGGGCUAGAUCUGUCGUUAUUACUUUGAAAUAAGCUCGUUAGUUGAGGAAGGCGAAGGAAAGAAAAAAAACCUCGAAACAGUUUCGACUAUUUUCUGAAAAUUGCACAUUUAUGAGAGAGCGCUUUGUAAAAGAAGUUUUCGUGAAACAAUGAAUCGCAAACAACCAAUUCGAACUUAUCAGAGAAAAACUACAAAGAGACCUGUUGCUGGUUUGUUAACAUUAUCUGCCAUAUCAAGUGAAAAAUAUAGUUUUGUGGAAAACAAUCAUUUUGGAAAAAGUGGAACGUGUAAUGAUUCCUUAAAUCACGAUCCAUUUGAGACAACAUUUGACAGAAUCGCCAAAGGAGCGGUUGUCCCUCCUAUGCCGUUGGAUACAAAUCAAAAUAAUUCAUGGAAAGGCAGUAGUAGCGGCAGUGAUAUUAAUGAUACAACAAAUAUAAAAGCUCUUACAUCAGAUGUUUUUAUGUGCAAUAAUGACUCAACGUAUGUUAGUAAAAAAUUAGUUCAUAAAUGUAAAAAGCGAAACAGACGUGAACCAGAGGUUACAAUUACCGCAGGAACAUUAACAAAGAGAAUAAGAUCAAGAGCCAGAGGCCAAGAAAAACAGUCGGGAAAAUCACAGGGACAGAAGAAACGAGCGAACAAAGUACAAAAGAAAAAGAUACUAAAAAAUACACCCAAAUCUGGACGUGUGUGCAAUGGACAGGUAUCUUAUGUAAAUUGUAACGCUAUAGAUAAUUCGAGAGAUGUCUCAUAUAUAAAUGAUAUUUUAUGUGACAAGAACUAUGAACGUUUGCACCAAAAUGUUUUAAAAAGCAACGAAAAGAUUACGUCACCAAACAAGUCAAUUGGAACGAAUGACUCCGUCGCAGAUUUCAAGCGUACGGCAAAUUAUCAACAAGUCAUCAAGCCAUGUUUUGUUAAAUUAAAUCCUUGCACUGUUCAAAAUUAUAUUUCAAAUCGCGAAAAGAUUACAGAGAACAAGCAAGAUAUAUUGCAUAAUGCAAAAUUGUAUACAAAUACUUUACUUACAGUAUCAAGUAACAAAGAGCAAGAUAUAAUUUCCAGCACUCCUAUUGGCAAACGAGUCAAACCGUCCAUCAGUGUAGUAACUUUUUCACCUAUUAAUUAUAAUACUUGUGACAAAUUACAAUGGACUCGGGAAUCAGUAAUAACUGCAAAAGAAGAUAUUACCAACGUUGAUCAAAAAGGUUCUCGGUCUUCGAUUGCGGAAUACUGCAAACUCGAUCCUGAAGAUGUACAGGAACAACAAACGCAAAUUCUAUUGCGCCAACAAUCACAUGUGUCAACAGAUUCUGCCAUUGAGAACGGAAUAACUUCUCGUAAGAACAAUAUUCGUGUAGCUAUUACUCCAAAAUAUGAAACAGAAUGCAAUGUUGAGACAAAAAUUCCGUAUUCCUCAAAGAACACAUCUGCUAUGAGUACUGAUCAAUCACGUUCAUUAUUUGAUGAACAACAAGAGCAAUUGGUGGGCGAUAAUGAACAAGCUACAAGAAUAAAUGCUAUAGAAUCUGUUUGUGAGAACGGUUCACAUAAGGAUGAAACUAUUAACAUAAGUAGAGACAGUGUGUUAUCCGGUGAGAAUCGAGACAAUAACAUUGAUGAUGCUUGUGUGCUGCUUACACGAUUGCAAGAUCCAAUCAGAAUAGGAAGGAGAAUGCAAUAUCCUAAAUGGCACAUGUCCAACAUUUCCUAUAGUUCAAAUGACGAGGCCACACAAUCAAAUAACGAGAUAUCUCGUAUCGCAACUGAUAAAAAUAUUUCUAACGUUCAGUCGGCAUAUAAUUCCGAGCAUUCUAAAAAUGCAAUAAAUUCGUUUCUCGAUCAUUCUACAUUGUUCAAGAGCACAACUCGAUACAAUAGUAUAAAUAAACAAAUGGACAAGUCCGUCAUUUUAAAACCGGGCAAGUAUUGGGCUAGAACUUUGUCAAUAUUAAACAAUAUAAACGAUGAAUCUGAUUUGGACAAAUUAAGUGUUGGAAAGGGGAAAAAGUGGAGGCACAGCGUCCGAGAUGUAUUGGAAAUGCAGAAACAGGGAAUUUUCCAAAGUUGUUUGAAAACAGGCAAAGAUGAUACACAUCUAUCUAGUGACACACUUAGUACAACAAAUAUCUCAUCAUUCAACAGUAAUGAGUGUAAGAAAUUUAACUUGCAAUUAGCAAAUCAUGCUAAAUUUUCUAAAAGGAUCUCAGUGAGAGUUGUACUUAAUAGUACAAGCACCAAGCAUGAUAUCAAAGAUACUUCAUUUCUUGAAGCAUUUAGAAUAACACCAGAAAAAUCUCCAAAUUUGAAAUUAUCACAUCAAGAAGAAUCGUUGAUACAUAAUGAUCAAAUUAUCAGUCAUUCCACAGCUGCAAGAGACAUUGUCUUACAGAGAUGCUCACAAAACUGUUAUGUGCCUUUUGCUGAUCGUUUUCCAGAUUCGUAUUUGAAACAUUGCCACAAAAUAGGCGAAGGAGUUUAUGGAGAAGUUUUUCUUCAUGAGCGCGAUGGUAACAAAUCUGUUAUAAAAAUUAUUCCUAUAGAAAACGAACAGUUGGUCAAUGGUGAGCGACAAAAGAAAUUCAGUGAAAUAUUGUCAGAAAUUGUAAUUGCAAAAGAAUUGGAUGAUCUAAAAUUACAUGCUACAUACAAAACUAAUGGAUUUGUAGAAGUUAAAAGUAUCAGCUGUAUUAUAGGAAAAUAUCCAGAGAGACUUAUAGAACUGUGGAAUAUUUAUGAUAAUGACAAAACAUCUGAUAAUGAUUGUCCAUCGAUGUUAGGUGAAAAUCAAUUAUAUAUUGCUCUUGAACUCGGCCAUGGUGGGGAAGAUCUUGAAGCCUUUAUUUUCCAAACCGCAGAAGAGGCUUAUGCACUGUUUUUACAGAUAACAUUAGCAUUAGCAAGUGCAGAAAGAGCACUCGAAUUUGAACAUAGAGACUUGCAUUGGGGUAAUGUAUUAGUAUCGAGAACAAAGGAACCGUAUAUAAAUUACAACCUUGACGGAAGAGAAAUCAGGUUUCCUAGCAAAGGUGUAAAGGUGUCUAUAAUAGAUUUUACACUAUCGAGGAUGUUAUAUCAAGGUUACUGCAUGUAUAAUGAUCUUGCACUAGACCCAGCUUUAUUUACUGCACAUGGCGAAUAUCAAUUUGAAAUUUAUCGUCUUAUGCGCGACAAAAUUCAGAAUAAUUGGCAGAAAUUCGAACCAUAUACGAAUGUUCUCUGGUUGCAUUACACUUUGAAUAAAAUGAUUACGGCAGUAAGAUACAAAAAAAAGAAUUUAAAAGUACAUAAAGAUUCCAUUAAAAAAUUAAAAGAUUUUCAAGAAACAAUUUUAAACUACAGCAGUGCAUACGACUUUGUAAUCAAUUGUACUGACAUCGUGUAUUUAUAAUGCAAGUUUAUAUGAAAAAACAAUAAAACUUAUGAAAAUUUCUA